GAACUCAUGGCAUUGUGCUUGAAGGAUCUAGAAGAGAGAAAAGAGCAAGAAGAUGGGAACAGAAGGAACAUUGAGCAGGCUGCAAAUGAUGUGAAGGCACAUGCUGACAGGAUCAAAAGGCAGCUGUCAGCAAAAGUGACUGAGUUGCAGUUACUUCUUCGGGAAGAAGAGAGUCUGGCAAAAAACUUCAUUGAUGAAAAGACUCAGCAAGCUCUGGGAGCACAUGAUCAGCAACUGGAGUCCUGUCGAGAACAGCUUGCUGCCCUGGAGACCUUCUCAUGUCAAAUCAGACAAAUACAACAGGACAGUGAUCCUAUUCAGCUGCUGGAGAAGUACACAGAAAUUGAGAAAGAAAUGAAGGAAUACAAGCACCUGCUAGAAGAGUGGCAUCCAGUACCGCUCUCAUUUGAACACAUACUUAACCAUUAUAUGCAAUUUCUGAAAGUUCUUCAGUCUAUUCUACGGAAACCACUAGAAGACCGGCUUAAAGAAGAUGUUUUCAGUAGCCUUAAUGCCACUGCAAAGAAGGAACCUGGAACAGUGUUGAAAACCAUGUCUCCGAUUGACCGGUUGCUUUUCUUGAAACAUGCAAGAUCACCAACCUGGGAAUAUGACAGCAUUCACCCAAGACUGAAAUUGUCUGAUGACCGUCUUGCAGUAAGCUGUAAUUGGAGAAGGAUAUUUUAUCCCUGUGGACCCCAGAGAUUUGAUAAAUUAUGGCAAGUACUAAGCAGAGAUGCAUUCCUCUCUGGGAGCCAUUACUGGGAAAUUGACCUGCUUCAGGCUGGAGCAGGAUGGUGGAUUGGUGCAGCCUACCCUUCCAUUGGCAGGAAAGGAGACUCCGAAACCUGUCGCUUGGGCUGGAAUAGAGCAUCUUGGUGCCUUAAGAAGUUUGAGUUUGAAUACUGGGCAUUUCACAAGGGGGAGAGAAUCCCCAUCCUCAUAGAAGAUGAUCCUGAUCGCAUUGGCGUUUUUCUGGAUUAUGAAGCAGGAAUCCUUUCAUUCUACAAUGUUAGUGAUGGCAUGGCUCAUUUGCACACCUUCCGCUGCAAGUUCACAGAACCAGUUUACCCAGCCUUAAGACUCUGGGAAGGGUCCAUUAGAACAUGCAAACUAACGUAAGAAACAAAGUAAAAUAAAGCCUACCAUUUCAUGCUUUUCCUAUGAAAGUCACGUUAGCAAUUAUCUACAUGAAAUAAUCUCUGUUGUAUGAAAGUUCUAACUAUUAUGCUUUUAGAAGGUAACAAUGAGUUCAAGAAAAUCAGCUGUAAUUUUUAAUGUAUAUG